CGAUCUCCUUCGUCGCCAAAGCUGUGUCCAAGCUGGCCGCCGUGGAGGAUGUGGGUCCAAAGCGGCCCGAAUCUUCGUUUGACACCUCCCUGAAGGUUUCACCCACGGCUAGGGCUGCUUUACAAUUAUUGAAACAGAGAAGACCUUUCACCUCCAUCUCCACCUCCGCUACCACCCGAGACGCAGAGACCAUUACAGAGGUGUGCAGCGGAGGUGAGGUUCCUGAAGUGGAAAUUAUUAGUUUGCUGGAAGAACAAAUUCCAAAGUAUCGACUACGAGCAGACGCACUUACACAAUUUCAAGGAUACGAAAACGCGGAUUGGUUCGUUCCAGCACCUGCUCUUCGAUUGGAGGACGUCGAUUUGAAACUAUCUCCCGAUCAAAUCCGGGAAACUCUUAAUUACUUCAUCUUAUGCAGCAACCGGGUGAGCCAAAUGACCAAGACCUACAAUGAUAUUGAGGCAGUAACAAGGCUUCUAGAAGAGAAAGAAAAAGACUUGGAAUUAACAGCGCGCAUCGGCAAAGAGCUCUUGACGCAUAACCAGAAACUGGAGAGCACCGUCAAUGUCCUGGAGGCUGAGCUGAAGGCUGCUAAUGAGAAGAUCACUCAGUUGAGUCACGAGACGACAAAGAAAACAGAAUUGAUUCAAAUUCUGACCAACGAUGUGGACGAGUCGGUUUCGGAGGCUACAACACCAUCCGGUCUUCUGGGCAUCAAUCUCGAUGUUAUGCAGCGGAAGAUCAGUUCUCUCGAGGAUGAGAACAAAUCUCUGAAGUGCGAGUUUACCAAACUCGUGCACGAGACCGACGAUUGCGAGGAACAGGAGGCGCGCCUCGUCAAAGACAUUGCUGCUCAACUUGCGAAUGCAAACAUGGAGGUAGACGGGAUAGCAGAGGAGCUGGGUCGGCAGAAGGAGGAAAACAGGCUUCAGCAUGAGCAAAUAGUGAGCUUGACCGCAAAAUUAACCGAAACGGAGUUGAGGCUCGCGCGCUUGAUGUCCGAGCACGACGAAGUUGGAGCGACUCUAGUCAUAACCAGGGACAAUCAGAACACUCUUGCUAGUGAACUUGCCGAGUUCAAGGACCGUUACGCCGAGGUCGUGAAUUUAUUGGCAGAAACUCAGGAACAGCUGAGAAAGCAGAGGAAGAGGUCAAUGCCAACAGUUCGAGGCGGUGCGCUUUAUCCAUCUUUGGUCGCAGCUCCUCAGCCUGACUCGAUCGCUUCGGAACUCGAGUCUUCACUCUAUUCGGAGUCCAGUUUAGACUCCGGAUUAGGUGCCGAUCGAUUGCCGACGUACAAGAAAGUGUUCGAGACGGUUCGCAGCGCCUCGAGAUCUUCAUUCGGUGCUCCUAGCGAUGUUCAACAGUUCCCGCGGCUUGGCUCGAUGACAACUUCCACACACUCAAGUGGAUCUUCGGGUCCACGGAUGAGUCUUGGACCUCAGACGCGAACCAGAACGCGUGGACUGCCGAGGGUUGCUUCCGGUUUUCCAAGUUUGGACUCUGCCGGAUACAGUGAUAGCGAGGGUUCGCUUCUCACCGAUUCCGAGGAAUACCCAGCACCGCAACUACCAGGAGUUCCGGGAGCUCCAGGCGCAGCCGACCUCGAGGCAGCACUGCGUCGUCUCACCCCAGCAGAAGUGAUAGCUAGACGCGCCUGUCUGAGCACAGGAACGGGUUACACCUAUGACUACGAUGGCGGUGCCAAUUCCCCGCCAAACUUCCUGCCCUUCGGCUGUCGAACGCCCGACAGCAUCAUGUCGACCGGAAGCAGUGGCAAUCUCAGUGGCUUCAGCGGAAACAGUGCUUGGCGACUCCCCGAGAAACUGCAGAUCGUCAAGCCCAUCGAGGGCUCGCAGACGCUCCAUCACUGGUCGCAACUCGCGACGCCAACUCUCGGCGGUCUGCUGGAAGAGCGGCCGGGCGUGAAGACUCGUGGGGGCCGAGGCCUCGAAGAUCUCGGACUUGAAACGUACACGUUGACGGACGUCGAGGAGGAUGAGGAGUACGCCAAUCCCGGGAAGCUCUUCCAAGACACUGGCUCGAUUUAUACCUACACGAACAGCACAGUUCUGCAUCCCGACGAUCACACGAGCGUGACGGCGAGUGUCGCCGGGAGUAGGGUCGCGAGCGCCCCCGACAGCGAGAUGAAUUCGGGACUGAACACCCCGAGGACGCUCAGUCGACGGAACUCGACCUCGACAUUCUCGACGACACUCAGUCUCGCGAAAAUGCUCAACGAGCGCGGCAUCAAGGCAGUGACGCCCUCCUGUGUCGCGACGCCGAACGAGGAGAAGAACUUCUCGCCGACAGCGACGCCCUGCAACAGUCCGGACGGGAGUCCGUGCCAGUCAAGGUCGGCCUCGCCAUCGCCUACCUCGUCUCUCUCCUUUGGCCUGUUCACGACCGGCGCCGAGUUGCUGAAACGCACCUUUGGCAGCGAGACAACAACGUCCGCGGCUCCGCAGCAACAGCAGAAGCGCAAGCGAGCGAAAAAUCCGCUCUCGAGGUCGGAGAAGAAGGCUCUGACGGGGAUUCGACUGGUCGAGAAACUCGAGAGGAUUGGAAUUGAGGCGAUUAUGGCGAGUAGUUCGAGCACCUCGCCACUGGCUCUGCAGGGGGCGCUUUACACGAGGAGGAAUGAGAGUCCCAUGGCGCAACUGACUUUCCUCAGGAACUCGAUGUCCGGCAGCUUGAGCCAGGAGAAGCUCUGCUACUCCUCCUCCUCGGUCUCGUCGAUCAGCGAUGAUUCUGUCCCGUCGCUUCCGAGCGAUCGCUCGAGGGGCAGUGACUCGGAGGGGCUCUUGAGUCACUCGAAUCGACAGCGACGGGCCGGAAAUCGAUCAACGAGGCCCGAUUUGGGCCAAGUGAAGCCUCCGGUUGCGCCUCCUGUUACCAAGGAGUCGGCGGCGCAGUCUGCUCUUGGCACGAUCAGUUCGCUUCUCUUUGGCAGGAAAGGCGGUUUGCUCUAAAAGCCUCUUGAGAGCGAGUUUUAUUUUCUUUUUUCUUUUCUUUUGUCUCCUGAAAUCCCGGAAGCGAGUGUUGAAGAUUCCGAUGGUCAGGCUGUGAGAGAUUGGUUGCUCACUUGAGGUGUUUCCGAUGUUUUGCUGAAAUAGGGACUGAAAGUAUUCAAUUCACUUGAAUUUCUUUGAGUUUUUUUUUUCCUAUUCUUUCGAAAUCCUUGAAAUGAUUUUAAAUUUUUUAAUUCUUAAACUUUUUUGACUAUUUGAAUUCCUCUGAAUUCAAUUAAAUAUUUUUGAAUUCGUUGAAUGGUGUCGGUUUCUUGGAUUCCUUAAAAUUUCUUGAAUUUUUUUAGAUUCUUUACGUUGUUCUGAGUGUCAAACGUAAUUUUCAAGUCCCUGGAAUUACGUGUCUUGAAGGAGUUCGGGGAAUUCUCAGUAAUUCUGGUAAUUACUACAUUCUGGUUUUAUAUAUUAUUUAGAUUUUUUCUUAAUUCGCUUGAAUUUUUUUAACUUUUUAUGAGUUUUUUUUUUAAAUUCUUUGCAAUUUUUCGAAUUGCUUGAAAGGCUUUUAAACUAUUUCGAACACUUUUGAAUUCUUUAACUUUCAGGAAAGCUUUUGAAUUUCUUGAGUUAUAUGAAUUUCUUCAGUUUACUG